CAACCACAAUGGCAAUUACUUCAGCGACUCUUUUCAAGAUUAUCUUUGUUUUCUUCAUUCUCGUCACUCUUCUCACACCUCGAGCCGUGGCUGAUUGUGAAACUCAAUCAGCAAACGCAUGCAACAACAAAAAGAAAGCCCUGCCUCUAAAAGUCAUAGCCAUAUUCGCCAUUUUAGUUUGUAGCAUAAUUGGUAUCACACUACCCUUAGUGACACGUUCAAUCCCAGCUUUGAGUCCUGAAAACGAUCUCUUCGUAAUUGUGAAAUGCUUCGCGGCUGGUAUAAUUCUAGGCACGGGGUUCAUGCACGUGCUUCCCGAUUCCUUUGACAUGUUGCGGUCUGAUUGCUUGAAGGAGAAACCGUGGCACAAGUUUCCAUUUUCGGGAUUUGUUGCUAUGUUCUCUGCUAUAAUAACGAUGAUGGUGGAUUCUUUGGCUACUAGUGCUUACACAAAGAAGAUUAGGACUGAGAUCAUUUCAUCUCAGAGCAGCCCUGCAGGUGGUGGAGACCAAGAGAUGGGUGGUGUUGUUAACUUUGGCCAUUUCCAUGGCCACCACUACAACCACCCUGAGAACAAGACAGAAGGCCAAUCACAGCUUCUACGUUAUCGUGUUAUUGCCAUGGUAUUAGAACUUGGAAUUGUGGUUCAUUCGGUGGUUAUAGGACUUGGCAUGGGAGCCUCAAACAACACAUGCACCAUAAAAGGUCUAAUAGCUGCGCUUUGCUUCCAUCAAAUGUUUGAAGGCAUGGGUCUCGGAGGGUGCAUUCUGCAGGCCCAAUACAAAUCCUUAAAAAAUGUCACUAUGAUGUUUUUCUUUUCCGUGACAACCCCAUUUGGAAUUGUCCUAGGAAUUGCAUUGUCGACAAUCUACAGAGAAAACAGUUCAAGUGCACUCAUCACUGUGGGGCUGCUGAACGCUUCUUCUGCUGGUCUUUUGAUUUACAUGGCUUUGGUUGAUCUUCUUUCUACUGAUUUCAUGAGCCCUAGAUUGCAGGGAAGCAUCAACCUUCAAUUAAAAUCUUACUUAGCAGUGUUUUUGGGUGCUGCUGGCAUGUCUCUCAUGGCAAAGUGGGCUUAGUUUUCUCUUACCUCCGGUUUAAGGAAUAAUAGCAUCUUCAAAGUUGUAAUCUCUUACGUGUUCCGUUAAAAUAAGAACUUUGAAAGUAAUAUACUUUCAUAUU